GCCACAGGAAAGAUGCAGAAGUACAGUCAGAAGGAGCACCUCUACAAGCUGCUGGUGAUCGGGGACCUGGGAGUGGGCAAAACCAGCAUCAUCAAACGUUAUGUCCACCAGAACUUCUCCCCCCACUACCGGGCCACCAUCGGGGUGGACUUUGCCUUGAAGGUGCUGAGCUGGGAUCCUGAGACUGUGGUACGGCUGCAGCUGUGGGAUAUUGCGGGUCAGGAAAGAUUUGGAAACAUGACCAGAGUAUAUUACAGAGAAGCCAUGGGGGCCUUUAUUGUCUUUGAUGUUACAAGACCUGCAACAUUUGAAGCAGUGACAAAAUGGAAAGAGGAUUUGGACUCUAAGUUGGUUCUUCCAAAUGGCAAACCUGUGCCAACAGUCCUCCUAGCAAACAAAUGCGACCAGGGAAUAGAUGUUCUUAUGAACAACGGCAUCAAGAUGGAUCAGUUCUGCAAAGAGAAUGGGUUUGUGGGCUGGUUUGAAACAUCCGCCAAGGAAAAUAUAAACAUCAAUGAAGCUUCCAGAUGCUUGGUGAAACACAUAAUUGAUAGUGAGAGUGAUCCAGUUCAGUCGGUUGAACCAGAUAUUGUAAAACCACACUUGAAUUCCUCCAAGAUUGUCAGUUGUUCAGCUUGCUUUAAAUCCUAAGAGACUUCCAGACUACGGCAAGAGCUGAACUAUGAUUCACAAUGUAUACUUUAUGCAACAUACCCAGUCUGUCCAGAUUGUCCAUAAGCAGAUUGCCAUUUCCUCAAAAAUAUCCUUAAUUUUUUCCAUAAUUUUUGGACAGCUAAAAUUUACUAUGAGCUGUUCAUUGAUAGCAACUUUUUAAAACUGUCUUUGGCUACUGAUCAAAUAAGACUCUUGGCGAUGGCUGUAUUUUCCUGGUUGAGUACCACCACCAACGGUAUCAAAACCUAUUUCUUUGCAAUGUAGUUUCUGAAAACUCCUAUUUGUGAUGUAACUGCAUCAAUACCCUACUUGUCCAAUGGUCGUGCAGCCUAUCUUCUCAAUAACCAGGCAAUCAUCAUCAUUACACUGUUUUGUCACCCCUCACACUUGAAUGUCUUGUUUCAUAUGAGGAAAAUGAUGAUGACAAUGAAAAUCUGGCUGUUCAGAGACAACAGGAAUGCUCACAGUGAAAUAUUUCCACUGCAAAUUCAGUCUCCUGGAUGAAGUGGCAGGACAGAACAUGAAGCAAUCUUUCAUGCCAUUCAGUUCUUCAGAAGAUCUCACCUUCUGAGACUGAAUCCUGACAUAGUAUUAGCUGCCCCUUUCUGAAGAGUUACCCUCUCAUAGCUGUUAGCAUUGUCUUCAGGUGAAGGAACAUGGAAAAAGUUGAGGGUGAGGGGUGACAAAACAGAGAAUCAGGGGUACAGUCUCAUAGGUCAGGCGGCUGAGAGUUUUAAAAAAGGUCACCUAUUCUAGAAAGCCAGCAAUUCUUCUGAAAAACAUUCAUUGAUUUUGUUCCUUCCUCUCCAUCCGUCAUGCCACAAAUGUUGUCCUUGUGUGUUUGAAAUGUAUAUAUUCUGUAAGUCCCUGCAUACAUCCCUCCAUUAUGUUGAUUCUCAUGGGAAAAUUCACUGUCCACACUAUAAUGUAACAGAUGAACUUUUCAGGAACCUUUAUGUGUUGAACAGCAGAGUAUUUGCUUUCUGACAACACUUUUCUAAAGAACACAAUUGUAUAAAUGAUCAUAGGAAGCAAAAUGAAACAGUCCUAAGAAACAUUCCUGGAAUAUGUGUGGAAUUUGUUGAGCUGUGCUGUGGAAAUGAAAUGGUUGAUUUUCAAAGUCUCACAAAAUAGGCAGGUUGGUGGAGUCAUUCAGACAAGUGUGUCUAGACAAGAAGUCUUGACAGCUGGCUGCAAGCGAGACAAACUUUACCUGUCUCCUGCCAUAGACAAAUCAUUUCCCUUUUCCUGUUCUUACUCAGCCUUUUCCUUCCUAAGCUGUGAAAACUCAGUGGCAGGAGCUGUCUACUGAGGUGGGUUUCUGUCCUUAGAGGUGUGUAACACCGUUAAGGGGAGGAGGCAGAAUCUCAUGACACCUUGUGUUUGCAGACACCACUGCAAUACUUCACUGAAUAUUUGGAAAUGGAGUGAAACUCUCCAAGGCUAGGAAAAACAAGUAGGAAAAAUGACAAAAUAAAAUAAAAUCCUCAAGGUGACCUUAUCCUAUAGACCUACGGGGUCUGUGUGUCUCUAAAGUUCAGCCUAUUACUGAAUAACGUGUUACUAUACAGGCACUGUGGAGGAAAGCCAGGGACAGAGACAUAGCUCUUUACGUGCUCUUCCUAAAGCCUGAAACUGAUAUAUUUUUAUCACAGAAUUUUACAAUAAGAAAACAAGCUCUGUGGUUUUAAAAAUAAAAAGCCACAUCCAGAAUUAAUCUGCACGCACACAUAGAUGUAAGGAUCUGUAUAUAUAAUGAGCUGGCUUUUUUUUUGAGAAGAGUAAUUUUCAAGUCAUCUUGAUCUCAGUGUUAUCCUUUGACAGCCCUGUUAAACAUCCUUUAACUCCUGCUGUGAUCUGGGUCAAAUACCUUAACCUUUCUGCCUCAGUUUCCUCAUCUGUAAAAUAGGGAUUGAUGUACACACCUACCUCACAGCACUCCUUGAAAGUUAAAUGUUGGCACCGUGCUUUGAAGAUAUAUCUUAUACAAAUGCCAAGCUCUAUUACUGCUCAGAAUGAAAUAUGAGUGCCCUCUAGCAUAAAUACAUGGUGCUGUAAUGCCUUAAUGUUCUAAUUCUAUCCAGGGUUUGUCUGUGCUGCAACAAUUAGCUCCAAUUAUUCCACCUCAGUUAACCUAGUCGAGGUUAUAAGGAGACGUGUGACUGCAUGGGAUGAUUCAAUUAGCUGCAGAUGGGUUGCAAACGGAAACUGUGGCUGCACAGAUGUCAUGGUACUAGUUUAAUAAUCCCAGCAACAGAGCUGCAAUUCAGAACCAGUGUCAGGUCAGCUGUUUCAAGUGUAAAGCAUUAUUUAAGUCAAGUCAUAUGGAUGCCUUAUUAAGGAUAACACUUAAUUUAUACCUUGAGUCAACACUGGGAGGAACACUAGCACCUAGAUAUUCAGACAGCUUCUAAAGGGCUAAGUUUUUAUGAGUUGAACCCUGUGCUUUAAUUAUAAAUCUGGAUGCCUCAGGUGAAGCAGAGGAAGUUGUAAUUUCUUUCAAAAAUUAUUUUGUGCUCAACUUGCAACUAACAGAACAGUUGCUAAUGUGCUUUACUUAUCUUCAGAUCACUUGUCUUUGGUGGCUUCAAGCCAAUAUUCACUAAGCAUAAUGAUAAUUUUCACAAAUGUUUGAGAGCUAUGGCUAAAGAUCUGGUAUAACACUAAUUUAAAAACCACAUAAAUAAAAAAGCAGGUUUGUAUAAACCUGCUUUAAACUAUGAACUCAUCGUCUGUUCCCCUUGUUUCUGUUGUGUCAGGUUUCACUGUAUUCAGUUUUGGGGUAUAUUUUCUACCUCUGGCAGAUGAUGGACAGAAUUUGGCCAGUUUCUAGACUGAGGACUAUACAAGUUAUAAGUUCCAAAGUUGUACAUAUUUACACCAUAAGAAUUAGAAGAGUAUCAUGAAGAAUCAGGCUUCCUUAGGAGGUUACAUAAUUCCAAAUGUUCAUUUUUAUUUGUACUGAAGUGAUAAGAACCUGUCAAGUCUCUUUCUAUAGCGCAAUAAAUGUGUGAAUGCCACCUGGGUAUCUAGCAAACAGAGCCUUCUUAGAAGGGGUUGUCAUAGGCAGGCCAGAAUAAAAGCUUUAAUGUAGAAUUAAUGAGCUCAGUUUGUGCCAAUACACUUUCAGGAACAAAUAUAAAAUUUAAUUAUACUGUGUCAGUCCCUAACAGGUUGGAUUUCCUUGUUUUAUAUUGAUACAUUCUGUGCUAAGUCCUCUUUGCUUGUCAUUAGGGACCAAGCUCCUUAAUUGCAUGGCCAUUUCAAAAUGAAACAUUUUCCCCAUCUGUUUGCAAUAGGUAAUAAAAGACACAAGUCUCUAUUGCCAUCCAAGUGGGCAAAGGUACUGCAAAGUGGACUUAAAAUUCAUUUUCAUUCUAGUUCUCCAUAAAAGCCCCUCUGGGCGUCUCAGCACCUGGAGCCACAGGCUGAUGCACAGGUGAGGUGCUGGGCAUGAGGGAUCAGCCCAAAACACUCAUGAAAAAUGGUGGUUGAGCAACUCCACCCCAAGGCAUCAUUUACCAACUCAGCCACAACACCAAUAAUGACAGGAUGUCUUUCAUUUUCCACCUUUGAAGCUGCCUACAAACAAAAUCUCAUGAUCCUAAAUACCCUGGGAAGCAUAUACAUAUUACUGAUAGGAAUAUGGGUGGAGUGAAAGGUAAAUAUUAGUCUAUUAUUCCAGAAAGAUCAUAAUUUAUUUGACCAAGUUGAGCUUUCAUCAGAAAGCCAUUUGGACUCUGCAAAUUAGGCUUUGUUCUCCUUUUUUUUUAGAUCAUCUAUUUUCAUUGAACUUUUAUAUUCAGGAAUAGUUGUUCCCAACAGUACCUUGUGUAUGCAGCUUGAAUUGUUGUACAUCAAUAUUUAUCUGCAAACUUUUUUUUUUUUGCUUCUAUUUUAACCUACCUGACCAUAUAAAAGGAGGAGGGAGAGAGAAGGUGCAUGUUUAAAUAGCAGUUUUGGUUUACUUCUUAAAACAGCUUGUCUAGCUGGUGAAGUGAAAUUGGUAAAGACAAAUGUAUGGGAAAUGCAAUUUUAUGUCAAUUGCCAGGAAACAAACAAUGACAAUA